AUGACUGAUUUUGUAUACAAUCAACAUUUACUGCAAAGAGAGUUGAUAGGAGCCAAAACUACAGGCACAGCUACGCAGAACAGAACGAAAGCUGAGUAUGAUCCCCAUUGUCCAGCCUGGUUGAGAUUUGCUGAACCAGAAACAACAUUUGCAACAUUUGCAACAGCAACAACAACAAAGAGGCAGGCACACACAGAGAACAAACCCACUAGAUCCAAAUCAUACAAGCACAACACUCGCGGCGAUAAUUUGCAUCCGCAAAUAUCCUUACCCACCUCGAACCCCAACUUUAGAAAUGUUCAAAGACUGGUAUCGUUGAGGGAUCACAGCCUGCUGCUGAAACGGAAACCGGAAAAGUUGUCAUUAACACCCCUGAAGUUUCCACAAUCUAUACACGGAAGACAACAGCAUGCGGGACAGAUUUCUUCGACACCUAAGCCCAACAUCAAACUACCUGAACUACCAAAAAGCGACAACCAGCACCACCAACAUCACCACGAGACGAGUUAUAAAAAAGUAAACUCUCCCAUGCGGACUGACUUUUUCAACCACCAUGAACCGACAAACGAUGCUAAAUUCCAGUAUCAGCAACAAAUAAUUGAGUUUCUCACCUAUACGAUUGGCAAGUAUAAACAGUUGGAAACAUUCAUGGAGACUAGUAAAUUGGAAUGGAACGCUACGCUGGAAAAAAGUUUGGUGUUGUUAAAUCUUCGAAGGAUCAAAGACGGAUUCAAAGAUUUGAUUACAACAGUAUUGAAGCAGUUGAGUAAACAGUCAGGAAUAAUUAAUCAAAGUGAGGUUACUGAGGAUGAGUUGAUUAAUUGCAAUGUAUUUCAAUUUGUGUACAACUGUUCAAUAGAGGCAAUAAACUUGGGGGAUUUGAUUAAUAGCCUGGGUAUUUUCAACAAUUUGUUUAAGUUUAGCUUAUUGAGCUAUUACUUGAGGUUGAGCUUUGUUAUUGAGCAGGAGAUCUACUUUCGUGAUCAAUUGGCGAUUCCCAUGGAAGUAUGGCACAAAUUGCCCACAUUCAUUAAAUCCAUCAAGGAUCAGUUGGUAAAGUUGAACAAUCACAAUAUCAAGAUGGGAAUUAAUAAUGGAGUAAAGAGGAAUUUCCAGGACUUGGAAAUAUGUUUAGUCAAGUUGAAUUCAGUAACUUCUAAAUUUACAAUUGUUGACAAUAUGAAGACGAAGCAUCCUAUAACCAGAUGGACCGAUUUGUACAAGACGGAUGAAAUCUUGAAAGCCAGGGUCCCUGAAUAUUACCCACAACACUACUUGAUGCACGAGAAUGGAGGAAAUGCGUACCUGUUGCAAUUUGUUGACUUUAAUAACCGACCAUUGAGCACAGCUGUUGACACCAACAUCGUAAAUGGGUUACAUUCAAAUUACAAAAUAGACGCUAAAUUAACCGCCAAGAAGGAAGUAGGUGCUAGAGAUAGGUUGAAGAAAAGCCAUGAAAAUGAAGCAAAACAGACAGUGUCUAGAGCAACCUCGAUUAAACGGUCUUUGUCAUCAAUGGUGAAACGAAGUGUGUCCACUUCAGACUCGAGUGAGAAAACUAAACCUAACAAGUUGAAUGCCCUUGCUGAUUUCUUUGUUCCGCUGGCAGAGAGUCAACCAAAACAGCACUUAUCCCGAUCACCGUCGCAAUCGCAGAAUACAAAAACAGCAAAGAGCCCACAAUCAAAACAACAUUUAUCCAGAUCGAAAUCGCAGGCUAUAGGGGCCACAAGAACUACAACACCAAAGCAACAACAAGAAGUAUAUCCAACGACUCCACCGCCAAGAAGGAACCAGUCCUUACGAGAGAACAAAGAUUUACUAGAUAUUACGGAUGAAGAUGAGCUGCCCAGUGAUCUGAAACUAACGACGCGUUCGCCAAGUAAAAAGGAUAUUUUGAUAAUGCUCAAAAACCGACCAUUACCAUCUGAGCCGGAAAGCCCAGUACAACAUAAGACAAAGCAGGAGGUUGACAAAGUGCAAAAGCCUCAAGUGCAGAACCCACAAGUGCAGAACUACAUCAAUUGCCUUCUCCAGUUGCGCAAGAAACUAACAGCACUAGGCCCACAAUUGAUUGAGUUUUUCGAAAUACAAUUGAAAUACUGCCAGUUAUGGCAGAAAUUCCUCGAAAAUGAAAGCUCGCAUAACAGCAAUCACAACAAAGACCCCUUUAUCAAGUCCAUUUGUCAAUCAUUCUAUGAAAAGCUUCUUCAUCAAAUAAGCUUCACUCAACAUACAAUUGUUCGUCAUAUAAAUGCUAAAUUGAUUAUGCCCAUCGACGAGUGUUUACAACUUUAUCGCAAUGUAAAUGACCUGCUGUAUAUCCACCAGUUUAUGGAGUUGAUUGUGCGCCAGUAUAACAAGUUGUAUUGUGAUUGGCUUGAAGGUAUAAUUGGUGCUCAAUCAAUUGCUGAAUACCAGCAGUUGUGUGAACGCAUGCAGAGUUGUCCUGGAAUGAAGAAGGGCGAUGAUAUUGUUGAGUACUAUGAACAAUUGACCAAGUUGAAGAAUUUAGUUGUGUAG